AUAAACGCACAAUUACCUUUCCCUCGCACAAAUCGGACUCCAAUCCCUAAAAACUCCAAGAUGUACAAGAAUCUGGAGGAGCACAACCGGCUGGUAAACAAAUACCUAAAGAUAUUCUUCGUGGUGGCACUUUACUGGUGCACCUCGAUAUUGACGGUCUUUGUGAACAAACACCUGCUGAGCAGCGAUACAGUGAACCUGGGGGCGCCGCUCUUUAUGUCCUGGUUCCAGUGCGUGGUCUCCACGGUCAUUUGCUUUGUGGCCAGCCGUCUGAGCCGCAAGUACCCUUCGGUUUUCUCCUUUCCCGAGGGGAAUCCUUUGGAUAUCGACACCUUCCGCAAGAUCCUGCCGCUGUCCGUGCUCUAUACCCUGAUGAUUGGGGCCAACAACCUGUCGCUGUCCUAUGUCACAGUGGCCUUCUACUACAUCGGUCGCUCCCUGACCACGGUGUUCAGUGUGGUCCUCACCUACGUGAUCCUCCGCCAGCGGACCAGCUUCAAGUGUCUGCUGUGCUGUGCCGCCAUCGUCAUUGGUUUCUGGCUGGGCGUGGACCAGGAGAGCCUCACCGAAGUCUUCUCCUGGCGCGGCACCAUCUUCGGAGUGCUCAGUUCGCUGGCCCUGGCCAUGUUCUCGAUUCAGACGAAGAAGUCGCUGGGAUAUGUCAACCAGGAGGUGUGGCUGCUCAGCUACUACAACAACCUGUACUCCACGCUGCUCUUCCUGCCCCUGAUCAUCAUCAACGGGGAGCUGGAGACCAUUAUAACGUAUCCGAACCUGUGGGCUCCUUGGUUCUGGGCCGCCAUGACUUUGAGUGGAAUUUGUGGCUUUGCUAUUGGUUUUGUCACGGCCCUGGAAAUCAAGGUCACAUCCGCCCUGACGCACAAUAUCUCGGGCACAGCCAAGGCCUGCGCCCAAACGGUGAUAGCCACCCAGUAUUACCACGACGUUCGAUCGGCCCUCUGGUGGACCUCCAAUGUGGUGGUCCUGGUGGCCAGCGCCGCCUACACGCGGGUCAAGCAGCUGGAGAUGCUGCGCCAGCACCAACAGCGCAGCACCGCCACCCAGAAGGCCUAGG